UUUGUAAAGCAUAAAUACUAACAAUCGCUACCGUGAGAGCAUACACAGAGGUUGAGGGGUAGGCUUAUAAUGGCGCCGGUGAAAAUCUUGAUAGCGUCAAUCUUGGUAAUUACAGCAUCUCUGUGUUGGGUUUCGUCGGCUGAUUCGCCUGAAGCUGCUUUCGUCAAAAAGACCAUUUCUGCCCAUAAGAUCGUCAUUUUCUCAAAGUCUUAUUGCCCGUACUGUAAGAGGGCAAAAGCCGCGUUCAAGGAGUUAAACCAAGUUCCGUUCGUUGUGGAGCUUGAUGAGCGAGAUGAUGGGUGGAGCAUUCAGGAUGCGAUGAGUGAGAUUGUCGGUAGGCGUACUGUGCCACAGGUUUUCAUUAAUGGAAAACACAUAGGAGGCUCAGAUGAUACUGUUGAAGCAUACCAGAGUGGAGAGUUGGCUAAGCUGUUAGGUAUUAAGGAAGAAGUUAAGGAUGAUCUCUAAGCCCACAAUCAAAAUGGAAUGUUCUUCGCUUUAGUAGAAUUUUGAAUUUUAUUACUUUUAAGGCGUUUCUUUCUUUUAUUUCAACAAGCUAAUGACUUGUACAAGAUUAGCUACACAAGUAAGGUUAUCUUAUAUAUGGAAUUGGUGAUUUGUUUUUCUUGAAAUUGUCUUGAUUAUGGAGCUUGCUUGCUUUAAUGGGAGCAUGUGCUUAAUGAUUC